AUGCCCACCAUUCCGGAAAUCUUCAACAUGGCUGCUGCUGACGCUGCUGCGGCCGAUGAGGAGGUCCUGAAUGGGCUUGAGAGCGCAUCGCAAAGGGGCACUUCGAUCCAAGGGCAUACUGCUUCAGCUGCGCGCUCUGCGCCGCUCUGGCGAUGUGCCGUUUGCGACGGCCCUGAGCUGCAUAGAACUCUGGAUGGCAACUGGACUUGUUCCGACUGCGGCAGCCUGGACUAUUAUCGAGUCAGUGGGCAGACAUGGAGGCGCACCGGGUUCGGUACGUGGAUGUUCUUCCCUGAGGGACAGGAGCCGCCACCACCCUGGCUACGCGCCGCCGUGCCUGCCGAAGCAGAUGAUGUUCAGCAGCCCUUCGGGACACCGGCAGAUUCUUCUGAAACAAGGCCUGCCGAAAGUGCUGCAGCCAGACGCAGGCGCCGACGGCGACGACAAGGACCUUCGGAUCCGGAUGGCGGAGAUUGGCCGGAGCAGGCGGAGUCAGAGACCCUCACCAACGACUCGCUGGUGACCGUGAGUUCUCGACCUCACCGCCCUCGGCCCGACCCUCGGCUACCAGGACCAGGACUUGCUGACCUACGGCGCUCCGCUGCACUUGAAGUACCUUCUGCUGACCUCGGAGGCGACGACCAAGCACACCUCGGAGGGCAACCUGCCACGCUGGAGGACGUCGUGACCUCGGGCAAGACCAAGAAGAGCGCAGUGUCAAAGUGGCGCGGCGGCGCCCCACCGCCGCCACCCAAGUGGACCUACGAGAAGGAAGACCUGCGUGCCUUCUCGAAGUACGAGAGGAAGGUCAGACUCUGGGAGAUUCAGGUGGAGCCCUAUAUGAGUAAGAGGGAGGCAUCUCUUCAACUUUACAACGCGCUGUCCGGGGAACCAGAGCAGGAGUUGGAGCACGCCCCCCUCGAGAGCAUAAAUAGUGCUCAAGGGAUCACCUACAUCCUUGACCAGCUUCGGGGCCCCAUGUCUCAGCGCCUCGUUUAUCAGAAGCGCAAGUACUUGUCGGACUUUGAGAACAUCAAUCGGUAUCCGAAUGAGCAUCUCAGAGCAUUCGUGAACAGGUACCGGAGAACUGAACGCAAUUUGUCUGCUGUCGACAUUAGCGUUAGCGCUAUGUAUGAUAGCGAGGCUCGUGGAAGCAGACUCCUGGACAGAUCUCGCCUGAGCCCUCAGGACCAGCGUUUGGUACUUGUUGGUUCGCGCUACUCCUUGACCUUUGAGGAUAUCUCCGAGUCCCUGGCGAUGCAGUUCCCAGACUUCAAGCCACCACCUCCAGUAAUGGGGAGAGACGGCCAGAUGAUCACCAGGGCCAAGGGGACGGGCAAGUUUGGCAACCAAGGCCAGCAAGCACCCACGCAGGAUCAAAAGCAUAGUGGUGGCAAAGGUGGCGGCAAACCCGGAGCCCGGAAAGUUUCCGUCACCGAGGCUGGCGCAGAGGCAGGCGAGCAAGCGCUUGAUGAGGGCGACGAGGGCGGCUCCGACAACCCCGAGAACAACCAGGCGGCCGACGACGACCACAACGAUGACCCUGGAGAUGACGACGGUGACCCUGACCAAGGCGACGACUUGGACGACCUGGCGCAGGUUCUCACGGUGACAGCACGUCGUCUUGCUUCAGUACGUCUCGGAAGGAAGUUUUCAGGCAACAAAGUGCCGCCGAGCGAGCUCAAGAAAAAGACAGCUUGCGCAGCUUGCGGGGAAGUCGGGCACUGGCGUGGUGACCCUCAGUGUAGAGUUUCCGGCACAGGUGCUUCCACCGCAACUUCUUCUUCGAACCCCGGCUCCUCGACCACGGCGCUUGCCAAGAAAGGAGGCAAAGGAGCCAAACCAGACAAGCCACAUCAAGCCUUUACCGUCAUGCACAGUGACCUCGGUAACUAUGAAGUUCGGUGGCUUCAGGAACAUCGUUCACUCCUCGAGAUUUACGACCUCGACAUCAUCAAGGUGGACUGCAGGGAUCGCUUUCAGUUCGGUAAGGGUGACCCCAUUCCAGCUGAUCAUCGAGCAUAUGUUCCAGCAGUUCUUGAUGACGGUGCUUCCUUUGUCUUUGGCGCAGGAGUCCUCGACGCUGGCAUUCCGCUUCUGGCAAGCAAUCCACUCCUCAAGGCGCUCGGCAUGGUUCUAGAUCUGCCUAGGAUGGUUGUGUACUUUGAGCGGCUGUCAGCUGAAGUGCCAGUGGUCAAUCUGAAUGGGCAUCUUGAAGUCAACAUUUCUGUUUUCUCCGCUGGUGCAGUUGCAAGCUUGAAGCAAAGCAUUGAGACGGUUGAUUGGCAGAUUGCGGCUCCUGAGCUUCCCCUUGAUCAGGCUUCGUUAAUCGACUCCCCAGGCCAUGCACCAGACUCCACCACAAUGGUUGCAAAGGUGGCGCUUUCUGCUGCAGAGCCUCUUCUACUUCCGCAAGAGCCUCUACCAGCAAAUGUGCCGAGCCGUCCGCCUCAGGAUCUGGGAUCGAGCUUGGCUGGUGGAGGCGACUCCGCCUCGCUUGGACGCCCUCCUCACGAAUCCCGAGGAGUGCGACCACGCCGACAUCUACCGGUACGGCAAUGCGACAGGCAGAUACGCCAGGUGCCGCAAGUGCAUGACAAGAUGGGUGUGGAGGAACGCCGACGAAAAGUGGGUACUGCACCCCUUCAAAGGGUCUUCGCGCUCAUCGGCACUGCCAUUGCCCUCCUCGGACAAUACGGCCUCAGCGGCGGCACCGACUACGAGAGCUUCUCUUCGGGCGGCGGCGGCAAAGACGACACCUUCCUCGGCGCGGCCAUCCCGGAGUACGACCUCUCGAACUACCCAGGGCCAACCUUCGACUCGAGGAUGGCGAGAGACCACCUACGACUGGGACGCGUGAAGGGCUUCAAACGACUUGCUGGCAAUAUCGGCCGGGCCGGCCGCAUCCUCGACGGCGAGGUCAAGGUUUACAAUGCUCUUCCCACCGUUGCCUCCCGGCCACCUGGCUGUGUGGAUCUUCUGGAGCUGUUUGCAGGCGAGGCCAGACCGAGUGCGGCUGCAUCCGAUCAUGGACUUCAUGCUUGCCAACCGGUUGACCUCACCUUUGGCUGGGACUUGGACACACAACGGGAUCAAGACUUGGUCCGAUCCAUGGUCCGACGGCUUCGACCUUGGCUCCUCCUUAUCGGCUACCCUUGCACCGACUACAACCUCUUUAAUGAGAAUCUGAACUACUCUCAUCGGCGUCUCGAGCUACAAGCCCGCCGCGACCGCGAUCAACCACGACGGCAGUUCCUGGCGGACCUUUGUCGAGAACAAGCCGAGCAAGGACGUCACUUCUUCAUUGAAAAUCCUCAACGCUCACGGCUAUGGGAACAAGACGAAUUCAUCGAGCGCUCCAACCUGCCGGGCACCACCAUGGGCCAUGCUCACCUUGGCGCGUUCGGCUCUGAGACUGUGGAUGGGCAACCUGUGGUCAAACCCAUCGGCGUGCUCACCAAUAUGCCGGGACUUGCUGAAAGACUUUGUGUGAAGCUGAGUUUGGUUGACCGGCAGUAUUGCACUCCCAUCCAAGGAGCCGAGACCCGGAGAUCACAGGUCUACCCCCACGCCUUCGUGCAUGAGAUCUUGCUUCACUUGCACGAGCUCAUGGCCGAGAAGGAACCCCUCCGCUUCGGCAACUUCAAUGUCUUUGCCACGGCGCGCCCCGUAUCCGACAUCAAGGCCUGGGACAACGUGUUCGAGCAGCUCGCCCGGGACUUUUCGGUCGGCAACCGGCGUGCCUUCGACAUCGACCUCAACUCCCAGCUUGGCAAGGAUGUGCAAAACUUGUUCCGCAUCAAGGUGGAGCAGUUGGAAGAGAUCCGGCGCCCCAAAAGUCGGUUCUCACAAGCCGUGCGCUAUGCCCUCUUCAUCUAUGGCGAUUCCUACCAGGAGCCGGACUCUGUUCGAGGAGCUGACGUACAUGAUCCUUCGGUUCCUGUACCUGGGCUUCAAACCGACAUUACGUUUCCGACCUUGGGACCUCAGGUUCCUCCUGAAAUCAGGCGCUCUGUGGCACGACUGCAUGCAAACCUCGGCCACCCUUCAUCACACGAGCUCACGCGACUACUUUUACAUCGUGGCAUUCCGAACGCUGCCGUCCUCGAGUGUGUCAAGAAGCUUCACUGUGCAACUUGUGAGCGCCUCAAAGGACCACAACAGCCACGACCGGCCUCAUCAAGUACGACAACCUCGACGGCGUCCCAAUUCAAUGAACUCGUGCAGGGUGACUUCUUCUACGUUCGCCUCAGCACGGGCGAAGCAGUUCAAGUCCUGGGCUUGGCCGACACGGCAACCGGAUUCCAUCAAGCAGCUAUCCUCAGGACCAAGGGCGCCAGAGAAACCUAUGACAUCCUGGACCGAGUUUGGCUGCGACCUUAUGGACUACCAGUACGCCUCCUGCUCGACCCGGACCCCUUGUUCCAGGGCGACUUCGACGACAUGCUCUCCACCGUCAAUGUGCACGUUGACUUCUGUCCAGCUGAGGCUCACUGGGUCAUUGGCAUGGUGGAAAGACGGAAUGCUGUGCUGCGAUCCAUCCUGGAGCGCCUCAUCAGUGACCACUGCGCCGCCAGCACCGACGACCUUGACCGUCUGAUCUCUCCGGCGCUUCACUCGAUGAACAGCUACAUGACAACAAAGGGCCGCAGCCCGUUUCAAGCCGUGUUCGGACGUGUGCCUCAACUACCAGGAGGACUGUUUACGGACGGCGGCUCCCUGGCUUCUACACCUCUCGACCCCGGCUUGAACGCAGAGAUGGUGAGGAGCGAGGCCUUGCAGCAUCUGGCUGCAAUGAGCGUUGACCGUGGCUUGCGCAGGGCCAAAAAUGCUCAUUCUGGCGUUGGAGAAAACGCGGCCUCCGGAAGAGGGACCACGGCCAGAUUCUUGGCUUGGGACCCGGAGAGCCCGGGCAAGCAGGCAUGGCUCCGCAGUGGGAACAGUACCAUCUUGGUCGCCACCGAGCAGCUCCGUGAGGCCAUUGGUUUCGAGAGCUGGACUCCUGACGAGCACGACGUGAAGGCCCUUAAGGACGCUUCUGCCAACCUCAAGGACUCUCUUUGGCAGGACGAACGUGGCGCUGCGCCAGAGACGGCCUACAUGGAGGACGACGAGGACCUUCGAAAGUACGAACCUUCGCUGCCGGCGACACCCUCACUGGCUCCAGUCGACACGUUGGUCGCCCCUCGACUACCUCCUCAAGCAGUAACCUCACCAGCGCCACGGCAGAGUCAAACCAACAACUACAACCUCACGAUGAGCCCGACGUAUCAUCAAACCUACACUCACCAGCAGAAGUUUGGUGAUCCUGCUUCAGCCCUUAGCCGGGUUCCGACUACACCAAGAGCUUUCAGGACACCACGAACGCCCAGGGGACGCUCACGAACACCUUCCCGACCGCUACCUGUACUUCCGGAAGUACCUCAAGGCAACGUUCGGGAACUACUUCAGCUGCCUCCUGGACUACAAGACGGCGGUGUGGCAGAGGAAACCACACAGUUUGAGAGUGCUGCCUACGAUAGCGCAAUCUUUGAGGAUCCUGUCGUGGAGACCGGCGAGGCUGUCCAAGACAACAACGCCGAAGUCGAGUGGCCAGCACCUCCUCUUGAACAACGAGCUUCCGUAGAACCUCAAGCACUACCACCGGCCUUGGACCAGAAGCCUGAAACACCUGUGCUUCAAGACACGCAGUCCGUGACGGCGCCGCCUCUUGAACCACAAGCUUCGAUAGAACCUCAAGCACUACCACCGGGUCCACCUUCAGCUACAGCUUCAGCACGUAGUCCAACCGAGGAAGUCCCAAGUUCAGAAGCAGCUUCUCAGCCUAGUUUGAGUACAGCACCACUGGCACCUUCAGAACCUCCUCUACCUCAGCUACCUCUUAAACGGCCUUUUGAUACCAUGACGACACUGCUGUAUGACGACGGCGAGUUGAUCAAGGUUUCUCCCGACGACGACUACCACACAGGCGUCUUCGGGCCCAAGCACAAGGCUUUCUACGAGGCCUACCUGGCGAGCCAACACCGCAAGGACGACGUGCCGCCCGACAAGCUGCGCGAGGAGAGCGACACCACGGACUCAGACCACGGUGGUCCCUCGCCGGGCCUGGUGUCAGCAAAAAGGCAACUUUCUCGAAAAGAACUCAAGCAAUUAGAUCGCGAAGUCCCUUGGACCCAAAUACUCCGUGGCCACAACGUUCCGGAGUACCUCAAGGCGAUCGACAAGGAAGCCAACUCUUGGCUCGAGUGGAAGUCGGUCCAACCACUCUCACACGAGCAGGCCCGUCAAGUGCUCAAGGACAAGAUCUUGUGUAAGAGGAUACUGCGCACACGUGCCUGCUACCGUGACAAAGCGAGAGGCCAAGGCCCUCUCCGUGCAAAGUGCCGCAGUGUUUGUCUGGGCCACCGAGACCCCGACCUUUUCACACUCAAUCGGCAAGCACCGACUCCCAAUCGAUCUUCAGAGCAUGUCAUCUACUACAUGAUUGUUGCCGGAUCGAAUGGUGAGGUCGAGGGCACGGACCUGAAGUGGCAAGCCUGGACCGGCUGCCAGUACAGCCUUCUUACAAGGCCAGCACAAGGAACGCACCUUACCGUUGUUCUUGAAGCCUCCUUCUGA